UUUUGUUUUUCGUCUGCACGCAUUGCCAUCAUCACCACGGCACGUCUGUUUUGUUGUGGUGGACUACAUGAUACAUUUGAUCCAGUGCUUGUGUAAUUUUGGUCGGCUUGUGUAUUGAACUUCAUAACUACUUUGUUUACGCUUGACUGUUUGCUACUCGCUAUGGCGGUCGAUGCUCAGCACAAACGUUGGGGUGAGCUACCACCGUUGAUCACAGAAACGGAAUCUGGAAUUGCUGCGAUUGAACGAGAGCAGAUCACCAAACCACGUCCAGUGCCUAUUCAGGGAGCCGCACUGUACCAGCCCAAGGCACACAAGUUGAAUGACCAGAGCGAGCGUUGUGCCCUAGAGUACGGUGUUAUUGACCCAAUAACAUCGCACACCAUCGCAUUGAUCCAGCAUGCUAAAAAAGUUCAGUCAUGCAUUACGAACCUUCAGCAACAGGACAGAGACAUCAAGCCACUGGAAGCUGAGUACUUGCCACCUAUACCAGAAGGUCCCUGCAUCCCUGGCCUAACUAGCCCGGGCAAUAACAGUCGCCUUGAAAUGAAGUCCGACAAAAAAUGCUCUUGGAAACCACCACCUCCACUAGGGGAUCAUGCAACCAGGAUUCUUCUUCGGAGAGCAGUCACAGCUAUCUGUGCACAUGCUGGGUUUGACACCACUUGGAACUCUGUGCUGGAGGUUCUCACAGACGUCUGCGGUGACAUUUAUCGUCGAAUCUGCUGGCAGCUUCGUAGUGUUGUUGACAGGGAGGCACUUACUGGUCAAACGGGCUUUGUGGAUGCCAUGGACCAUGCCUUGCAUGAAUCUGGCUUGGGAGGACUGCAGUCUUUGGUUGAGUUCUUUGAUGACCACAUCGUUGGCUACAAUCGACACAUGCUGAAAACCUGUCGCAAGCUACACCAGACCUACCACAAGGUCAAGCUGCCACAAAGCUGCUCAUCUGACGACUCCAGAAAUGUCAAGGUAAAGGAGGAGCCAGCAAGUGAGAUCCACUUUCCCAGCCUGGAAGACGGAGAUGAAAACAUGGCAGAGGUAGAAGAGGUGCCCAUGGAUGAACUUCAUCGUGUUCUGCAGAACCUAGAAGGUGGGCCCUUGAAAGAUGAUGACACAUCCAGGGGCCCUGCACAGCAGCAGCAACAGUUGCUUGCACACCAUCGCAAGGGUUCAACUGCUUCAUCGACAGGGCAGCUGGAUGCAGAUGAAGAAAUUGUGAUUGUGAGCGACUCUCCACCAAUUUCUGCUGAAGUCAGCUUAGGCUCUUUGGUUGACUCAGUUGAGUCAGGUUCCCUGGACACUGCAAGGCUUGGCCGUUCACCUCCAUUCAAGAAGAAGAAGAAGACAUGAAUCAAGCCCUCAAGAUAUGUGACAAAUGUGCACAUUGGACUUAUAAACAUGUAAAUAUCGUGUAAAUAUAGAAAAUGCACCAGAAAGAAGGCUUUCUACACAUAAAUAAUAAAGGAUAUACAGUACAAA